AUGUUUCCAGAUCUGAACUCUGAGCAAAAGUGUUACACAGAUAGAAAUCCAAAUAUGAGGAUAGAACAACUUACAAGAACAAUAAAGUAUCUUGAAAAAGAGAACAAGGAUCUUUCAAUGGAUCUUGAAGAUGUAGAGACUUCUCUCAGCUUGAGUAAAAGCAUGAUUAGUGUUCUCACAGAGCCAAUGGCUACCAGUGAUGACACCAAAAAAUUAACUCAAGUAAUCCAAGAACUCAGUUCUGAAUCAGGACAUCUAAGGGAGCAACUUAAAAACCUAAAGAGAGAGCGAGAUGAGCUCAAAUCGGGCAAUCUCCUCCUUGAACAAGUAAAUAAUGACAAAUAAGUCCAAAGAAGAAGAAACCAUUGCUUUCUUUGAAGCUGAGAACUUCAGAGUAGUAGAAGCUUUAGAGAAGAAAGAAUACACACUUCAGCUACUUGAAUCUAGACUUUAUGAUUGAGAGAAGUUCCUCAGAGAACUGGGCAGAUCUGAUGAAAACAUCAGGGAGAAACUCAAAGGCCUCAAACUAAAUCCUGACGUUAAUAGGAAAUAAGAUAACCAACGUUGUCCUUGAGAAUGACAAUCUCAGCAAGCACAUCAAAGAACUUGUUGAAGAAAAUGAUAAACUUAACCAAAAGAUUAAUGAAUUAGAGGUGAAGAAUAGAAAUCUCAGGAAAACAUUAGAGGUGAGGCCCUCAUUACUUGCAAUGGGCGAUGAGAGCAUAUCUGAUCAAUUUAAAGAUAUGAGCAAGGUUUUUGAGGCAUUAGAUCUUUCAGUUUUUGACAACAGUAAAGCUUCAACAGAUAAAAUCACAAAUAUCAAAAAGCUGAUUCCUAUAAAAGAUACAGAUCCAUUACUAUUUUCUGAAAAGCUGUUGUCAAAUUACAGGAUUUUGGAGCAGAAAUUCUUAACUGUCAACAAAGACCUUGCAGAAUAUAAGAAUAAGUAUAGAAUUUCUGAAGAAAAAUACAAGGUUUUGAAUGACAACUACAAAAGAUUAUCAAAAGAUUACCAAAAAGUAUACAACAACGGACAUGGUCCCUUAGGAAUGUCACCUGCGUCCUCCUGUCCAAAACCAGGUGUUCAAGACUACGCUUUCCUAAAAGAGAAAAACUCCAAAUCCCUUGAACCCAGUCUCUCCCAAAGCAAGAAGAAACCUCUUAACGCUUAUGAAGCUCUCAACUCAAUCAAGUCAAAUCUGGGGAUCAAGAAGGAGAACAAGAUGCCUAAGAUAGGUGAAUUUCAGGAUAUUUCUAGUAUCCUAGUGGCACCUACAGCUUUGGACAACCAGCAGGACUUCUCAUCAGAAGAAGAAGUCGGAGAAAAUAUAUUGGAUGAAGUAGAGGAAGGAGAAGAGUAA